UCGAGCCAGCAAGGAGGAAAUCUUAAUUUUUGGAAAUCAGUUGCUUGGCGUAUUUCAUCUCAGCCACAAUUGUUCUCCAAUAUUAUUAAACAGUUUUUAUUGCUAAGUUACAGUCAUUCAAAGCCAUUCAAAUAUGGAAAAUAAGAAGGAGUAUUUACGUUGUUUGAUGCUUUUCUAUUUCCGCAAAAAUAAAACAGCUACCGAGACGAAAAGGAAGAUUUGUGCGGUGUAUGGCAAUGAUGCUGUUAGUGAGCGAGUGGUACAAAUUUGGUUUUCAAAAUUUCGAAAGGGCGACACAAGUUGUGUGGAUGGGCAACGUACUGGUCGUCCUGGAGUGGCAGAUUGUGAUAAAGUGAAAAUGUUAAUCGAAAGAAAUCCACAUUUUACUACAAAAAAAAUUGCCGAAAUAAUUAGUUUAUCAGAAAAAACCGUUGCGGACUACUUACAACGUCUGGGAUAUGUAGUUAAUGGGGAUGGUUGGCGCUUUGACGAAUCUGCUCCAAAAUGUAAUGACAACAACAGCAACAAAUCACUUAAUGAUGAGGAGACAAGUGUUGCAGAGACGGAAGCAAUCGGUUACUGCAACGAAGAAUUUGCAUACGAACAUGCUCUCAAUUGUAAUGUUCAAAUCGCCCCAACGGAAGAAAGCAGCCUCACCCCCCGUCCACCAUCUGCUUCUUUCGCGGAUUUUACAUACAUUGAAAAUGAUAACUACCACGAUAUUAUAAUAGCAGGAAAGGAAAAUGAUAACAUUGGCAACACCGGUUCAACUACUUUGCCCUCAUUUUCGGAAUUUUUUUCCAAUAUUUAUACCAGUUACAUUAGGGGGGACGACGGAUAUUGUGCAAUCGAAAAUAUAAAUAUCAACUCUGUGGAUACUUUUAAUGGUGGAUACCCGUUAAAAAGUUACGAUUAAAUUAUAAUCUAGUCAAAAAAAAAAAAACUGAAAAAUGUUGCAAUCAAAGAAGACUUAUUAUCUUCGAAAUCCUGCGAAGAAACUUAGGUCUCUAAUAACAAACACAUAGUUCCUCUUUACUGCGAGUAUACACUAAUUUAUUCUAUUAUUAUAUACAUACGUUUUUAAUCAAAUUUUCAAAGAGCAUUUACAUACUCUUUGUAUAACAAUGUUAUUAUUUCAAUAUUUAUUAUUUUUAAUGUAAGCGCCAUGUGAGGCGCCACAAUUUAUAUAAAGAAAAUAAAAUCAUAAUCUAAGCGAAACUUGAUUCCUAU